UUUCCUAGUCCAAUGUCACUCGCUUCUUUUCAGAUCAGACAUUCGCUCAACCAGUUCAACGCCAAUGGAGGCCUCCACAAAUCCGCCCCGCAGGGCCCGUCGAUCAUCCAUCUCGGACCACAUCCACCGCGUCUUUAGCAAAUCCAAGGAUAAACGCCACAGUCAAAAUGGUGAAUUUGUUCCCCCGGUUCCGUUUCAAGCCCGCGAAGCUCUCGCACAUGAGGCAGCAACCGACGAUAAUUCUCAUACGAGACACUCUCUGUACGAUGAGACAGGGCCCAGCUCGCUCUCUUACUCCACCAACUCUCGCUUGCCCUCCACCGGUACACCUGGCUCAAGUCUAUCAGUCGCAAACGGGGCCCCUGUAGAGGAUGAGACUCCGACCCAACAAAUGACGCCCUUGCCUAACCAUCCCAGCGCAGAUGUAGACAAUAUCUGCAAAUCGCCAACCUGGGAAAAACCUAAAAAGAAAGAAAAGCGAGUCACAAAGCGCCUGGAAGCCGAGAGAAAGGAAUUUGAGAAGCGCUUGCUAGCACUGGAGGAUGCCCAAUCCAAGGCCGACCCCGGAGUCUAUGGAAGAUCCUCUCGCCGCUUGACCAAGAAACAACCCGUGAGCAACUCAAGCCGAAGCUCCAGUGCAAAUUCAGAACGUCCGAGAUCGUCAAGUGGCCUGUCCUCGAUUUUCCGGCGUUCACGCCGGAAUUCAAAUUCGAGUGAGCAAGAUUCUCCGUCUGCCGAGUCUAGCCAGCUGAGGACUGAUACGAACCCACCAUCUCUGCCUUUGACUCUACCGGAAAGGUUUGGAACGGCCAUCACCCGGGAGCUACAGUCCACGCAUGGCACCGCACUAAACCUAUCCGCUUCGCACAAAAUCUCCAACCCAACCCAGAAUAACCGGUUGCACGCCUCGGCAAAGUCUGAUGAUCUCCGUGAGAACUGGAGAAUGGCUGAAGCCUGGAAGACAAAGGAUGGACGUGAAACCAAUCGGUCAGUGUCAGAGCAGAUUCCCAGCCGUACUCGGUCCAUGAUUGGAAAAGGUACUCGAAACGGCAAGACACUAGCAUCGGGCGAUCUGGACAGGAAGUUGUUUUCUGCAGCUCUGAAGCAUGACCGGAAGAGUGUGCCCGCGGCAGGUAAUCCCCUUGAUCGUGCGACUCGCAAUGACCGUUCUGGCAGGGCUUCUAGCAUGCCGAUGUCGCAAAGCAUGAGCCAGCCCAACUUCUAUUCAUCCGGUCAUCCUGAUUCGCCUGCUCAAGUUAUCACGGCUCGUCAGUUGCAGGAGUUAACACCUCCAGAAACUCCCGACAAUCCGCCGAGUCCAUCCAGUGCCAGGCCGUAUCCACCACCACUCAGCCCAGCACUAAUACUUGCUAGGAAGAGUCGAGUGGAUCCCUUCCCGCGAGCAUACAAGUCGUCUCCCCUCGCGCUGAAUCCUGCAAAUACGGCUGAAUCGUCCCAAAAUGAUUCCAGGAUUCCAAACCCACCGACAGCACAAAACCUUGAUGCAAAGCCACCCCAGUCCAUACAAUCCCCCGCUCAACCUCAUCCCGAGGAUCGGGGAAGAAGCCGAUUACCUAUCGCUUCAUCGCAUACCCCCAAGCGAACUUCAAGCCGUUUCAAGGAAGACUUCCAAGAAACUCCACAGUCGAUUGAACUGCCACAGAUCCCAGUCAAGAGCGACAGACGGAGUCUCGAAAUUCGGAGAAUGCCAACCACGUCAGACGAUACCCUAAAAGACAUUCCGGCGUCUACUUUCCAGGUAACCGUCAGAUCUCCAUUGCAUACAGGAAGUGUUUCACCUGGCGAGAGAAACAACCAAACGUCUAAAGACCUGUCGGAUGAUAAUUAUAUUGUUCCUGCGAGAUCUCCCCGUCGAGCUUCUCGCACUUCCACCGAACUCCCUGGAAACAUUCUUGCUAUUGGAGGACCCGGAGGAUUCAUACCAGGACAUAGCCGCAGUCCUUCGUACACCUCCUCUCAUGACGGCCAUUCAAACUAUGAUACUGCUGACGAAGAUGCACCUGAAUCUCCUGAAUUCAAACGAAAUUCGCUGACUCGCGUGGAUACCACUCCCUCGGCCUCUGCUGCUGAAACUUCAGUCGCACAGGAAGCUCCCGUCAGCCCCCUCAUUCAAGCCAGUACACAGCCAGGUAUCCAAUCUGGCAUCCAACACGGCACCCAGUCCAUCACGCAACCUGACAUCCAACCUAGCACCCAACCCAGCACCCAGCCUAUCUUACAGCCUAUCCAGCAGCCCGCCUCUCUCCCCAAUGGUUACCGGGGCAUACAACCUGGCAUACAACCUGACACUCAGCCCGACUUUCAUCCUAGCAUGCAGCCCAGCACCCAACUGGGUACCCAAUCUGGCAGCCCCCAACCCCGUCCAGGUCCCAUGAGCAUCCUCAAACGAAGAUCCCAAAAAGCGAAAGCAGCCCGCACCCCACAAACCAUCGCCAAGAUCUUCGUAAUCUGCUGUCGCUGCAAGUACUGGCACGACCUACCUUCCGAAGUCUACGCGCGUCUCGCCUGCCCCGAGCGUCUGGGGUCAGAUUCCAAGCUGGGUGGAUCCCGCUCCAAGAAACAACCCGACAGUGGUACCCACAAGCUGACCGGCUCACGAUCGCUGCCAUUCGGUCAAUUACCAGCUCCCCAUGCUACCCAGGGCACGCCCGAUCUACGGCCUGCGCCUCUUACUCCCCGGAAGGUGACCUGCUGCUGGUGUGGACAUAACAUGAGCCGGUCUUGUUGUGAGGGUUGGACCACUGUUGUUGAGAUGCGUGAGCGUCACCACUGA